CGAUUUCUUAAAUCUUGUCUGGUGUGAGACAAAUAAUGUAAAAUGGUUUAAUAUAUGGUCAUUACGUUUAACACUUGGCAGAAUAAGAGGGAUAUAUAUUUCUGUCAGUACCUCUUGAUAAUUUGUUAAAAAUCGAUAUUCCUAAAGGUUAGGAUGGGUUUGUUAUCAGAUCCUGAUUAUGGUUCCGUAAAAUGGGUAAGAGUUCUCAAGAGAAUUCAUGGACCACUGUGUAUUUUGUGUUAUAUGGGGGCCCUUGUAUGGUUUGUGAUGUUAGGCAAUAGAGAAUUCAAUAAUGAGACUUACUUUUCCGAGAAUGCAUUAUUGCCUGGAUUAGUAACCAAUGAAUUCAAUGGGGAGCAGUCUGCUAAGCAGUUUUUCAGCGACUUUCAGCAAGAACUUGAGGACAAAUAUGAUGAUAACGAUGAUAUGCCAGUACCAUGGUUAGUAGCAAAAAUGUCACAACUUCAUUUGGAAGUGUACACACAUAACUUUACUCUUAAUUAUCCGCUGGGACAAGGCCAAGUUUACAAAGGUACAAAUGUUUAUGGAAUCUUGAGAGCACCUCGUACAUCUUCAUUGGAAGCAUUAGUGGUGACAGCCCCAUUCAGAUCCAUAGCUUCACACCAGAAGGGCACUGGAGCUGGUAUAGCUUUGAUGCUAGCUUUUGCCCAGUUUGCAAGAUCGCAAAAAUACUGGGCCAAAGAUUUAAUUUUCCUAGUGACUGAACAUGAACAACUUGGUAUGCAAGCAUGGCUUGAAGCUUACCAUGGACUCCAGAGCGAUACCAAAACAUUUUAUAUGAGUCUUGGUAGUUUCUGGCAGCCUGGUAAUCCGUCCCUUGAUUUUAGUAAAAUAGAAGCAAGUUUGAAUUUGGCGAGUAAUCAUGAAAAAUGCUUGAAUCCAGGCAAGUUGAGAGGAAGAUCAGGCUCUAUUCAGGCUGCCAUUAAUCUAGAGUUCCAUACACCAAAAAUAAAGUAUAUAGAGGUAAAAGUAGAAGGGCUCAAUGGUCAGUUACCAAAUUUGGAUCUAGUCAAUUUAGUACAUAGAUUAUGCGUCAAAUCCGGUAUAAAUCGUUCAUAUAAAAACAGCUAUUCCUGGAUUAAGGCCCGUAGUAAAACAGAUGAAUGGCUGAGUGGUAUAUGGACCAUGAUGGGAAUGGUGUCUGCCCAAAUCGCUGGAGUUCCAAACGGUAACCAUGGUUUGUUCCAUCGGUUCGGCAUCGAAGCUGUUAGUUUGGAAGGUCGUGACGCUAAUGAUCCUGCUGGCACACCUCCCAAAGUACAUGGACUAAAUGCCGCCAAUUUCUAUCGCCUCGGCAUCGCCUUAGAAAGUAUCCUCAGGUCUUUGAAUAAUCUCCUAGAGAGAUUUCAUCAGAGCUACUUCUUUUAUUUGUUGGCUGCUACGAAUAGGUUUAUAUCAAUUGGGCAAUAUAUGCCGUCAUUGUGUCUUCUGUGUGUUGCUAUGUUAUUAAGGGCUUUGGCUCUUUGGGUGACAAUACAACAAGAUGGUGAUGAUGAGGCAGAUAAACAGUCUACCACUACCAAACGCAAAAACUCUGAUAUUGAUGCACCAGAAGAACAGAAAACCGAAGAAAUUAUCACUGAAAAAACGGGAGAGGAAAAAAGUGGAUUGCGACAUAGAAAACAUAAGCAACACGACACUGCAGUACCAGGAGAGCAGAAAGAAAAGGAUGUUACACCAAAAAAAUCGAAGAAGUUGAAAAAGGACGCGUCUAGUAUGAGUAUAGUGAAUAUUGGCGCGAAUUAUUUCAUCGUUCAUUUAUUGGGUUAUGCUGUAAUGAAUUCACCGGCACUGCUAAGUUAUGUUGGUGCGAAAUACGGUCUACCAUCGGAAGUAUCAGUAUAUUAUGGGCUGAUAAUCAUAUCUCUCUUUUUAACAGCCUUUACUCCAUUUUUGCCUAAACUCUUGCGCAAGGGUCGUAUGAGCCAUGACGAAUUGACUUUAGUUAACAUUCUCCUGCUAAUAGAGUUGGCCACAGUUUGUUUAGCUGUGGGUAUGCAUAAUUUUUCUUUGGGAUUGGUGAUUGCAUGGAAGUCGGGAUAUUAAAUAUUGUCUAUUUUAUCUCGUUAUCAUUACGUUCUGUUUUUCAGUGUAAUGUUGGCAAUAAAACGAGUUGUAUGCUUGCUACUUCAACCGUUAUGCUGUGUGACGCUUUGCAUGAUAGCGUACAGUCGUGUUCUGUUUCCGGAAGAGAAUAUUCUGGAAAUGGCUUCCAGGGGCCGAGAUGCCGCUAUGCAAGCCACCAUGUUUGCUGUAGUCGACUCUAUGAUUUAUGGAAAUUGGCUUUUUAACGUGGUCACUUCUUUGAUAUUACCAACUUGGUUACUAUUCUGGCAAAUAUUAUGUAACAAAGUAGAUUGAUGUGGCAUGUUUUUAAAUAUUGUAAGUUAUUUAAUUAAAAUUAUUUAAAUUAUAUUUGGUUUUUAUCUUAAAGCACAUCGAUU